GUGCGCCGCAGCAAUUCCCUGCGGGACCUGGUGGCCGUGGCCGGGCCCCUGGGGGUGACGCAGUUCCUGGCGCUCAGCAAAUCCCAAACCGGCGUCAACCUGAAAAUUUUCCGGCUGCCGGGAGGUCCCACCCUGACCUUCAAAGUGCUUCAGUACUCCCUGGUGCGUGACGUGGUCUCAGCCCUCAGGAGGCACCGCAUGCACGAGCAGCAGUUCCUGCACCCCCCGCUGCUGGUGCUGGGCAAUUUCGGGGCGCGGGCGCGGCCGGAGCUGCGGCUGAUGGCCGGGAUGUUCCAGGGGAUGUUCCCGGCCCUCAACGUCCACAAGGUGAACCUGAACUCCAUCCGUCGCUGUUUGCUGAUCUCCUACGACGCCGACUCGCAGCUCCUGGAGUUCCGCCACUACAGUGUCCAGGUGCUCUGGGGACAGGGCAACGUCCUGUACCACGGCCUGGCCCCCAAGGGCGAGGCCGAGCUGCAGGAGCUCCUGGCCCGGCGGGAGCGGCGGCUGCAGGGGAGGGCGGAGCGGCGCCGGCAGCAGGAGCAGAACCUGGAGCGGAAACGGCAGCAGAGGGAACAGCACAGGCAGCGCAGCCUGGCCGGGAUGGGCGUGGCCCCAGGUGGCCCUGGGGCUGCCCCAGGUGACGCUGGGGGCGACAGCGGCGCCGAGGACCCCGGCGCACCUGAGGCAGGUGAGGCCGAGGACGAGGACGAGGCCGAGUACUACAGACAGGAGCUGGGGGCGGAGCCUGACCCAGAUUUGUUCCCUGGCAGCUCCAAGAGGAAGCGAAGCCCCUCGGCCGCGCCCCGGGCCCGGAAACGACGGAAGGGGACCCCAAAAUCCACCCCUGGGACCCCAAAAUCCACCCCCGGAACCCCAAAAUGCCACAGAAAAAACCCAAAAUCCACCCCUGGCACCCCAAAAUCCACCCCAGGAACCCCAAAAUCCACCCCUGGAUCCCAAAAAUUCCACCCAAACCCCCCAAAAUCCCAACAGGGAACCCCAAAAUCCCAUCCAGGAUCCCAAAAUUCCACACCUGGCACCCCCAAAUCCCACCCAGGACAUCCCAAAAACCCCAAAUUCCAUCACAGGAAACCUGGAACCCCCAAAUCCCAACAGGAAACCCCAAAAUCCCAACCUGGAACCUCCAAACCCCGCCCAGGACACCCCAAAAACCCCAAAUCCCACCCAGGACACCCCAAAUCCCACCCAGGAAACCCCAAAUCCCACCCAGGACACCCCAAAUCCCACCCAGGAAACCCCAAAUCCCACCCAGGACACCCC